AGUCCCCUUUUCUAACCUGGAACACCAGCUUUCCACCUAGAGACUGGUGACAAGCUACCAUGGGCUCGGGUUUUGAUUGGGCAGUUGAGAAACUAAAACAGCAGCUUAAAAGGAGGGAAAACCCCAGUGCUUUCCGCCCGUCCUGUGGAUAACUCGCGCGGAGACCCCUUGCUUGUGACCUUGGGUGUGUUCGCCGAAUGCCACCACCUGCCGGUGCAAGUUCACGUUAAAAAUUAAGAUUGAGUUGUCUUAAAAGUGGCUCCCAGAAGCCUCACAAACCCACCCACCCACGUGGGAACACAGCACUUGUGGAGGUGGAGACAGGACUGGAACUAGAAUCAGAGUUCAAAUACACCAGAAAAUCUGAGCUCUAAAUUCUUAUGUAAGUCGGAGAGUGACUGACCAACAGCUGGGGACUUUACCAUUCACUGUAAACUUUGGCACAGAUCACUUAUUUCUCUGAAGACUGGAUCCAACAAGCACAAUGAAUACAAGAAUGUGCUGCAGUAGCAUGGUGAAUUCCAGACAAACCCGAGAAUUCCACACAGCUGGGGAAGGAGGCCCUACUCCUGAGAUGGUCUUAGAAACAGAACUGAUAGAUCUCAGGGAAAGUGAUGAAAUAGUUGACCUCACCUGUGAAUCCCUAGAACCUGCAGUGAUUGACCUAACUUACCACGACUCUGUUGUGAUUACUGAAGAAAGGAGGAGGCCAAGUGGAAACAAAAGGUCACUCCAAAGGCAAACUGGCAACUGUGUGGUGAGCAGUGAUAAGGAGGAGCUGAGGAGAAACAGAGAUGUGUAUGUGACCAACAGGACCUCCCAUAAUGCCCUGGAAGAAGAAGCUUUAAGUUGCACACUACCUGGUUAUAUCCGGUGUCGAAUUUGUAUGGACGGGUACUCGGAGAUUGAACUGAGUAGGCGACAUGUUUACUCUACAGAAUGUGGCCACAUCUUCUGUAGUUGCUGCCUCUGCACUUCCCUUAAAUAUAGUAAAAAUUGCCCAGUUUGUUUGAAAAAAAUCAGCUGUCAUCAGUACCACUGUAUUUAUAUAUGAGGUAUACCGUAUCAUUCAGGACAGACAAAACUUGGGUGGAUUUUUCCAUGUCCUCAUGCAGAAACUGCAGGUUGUUGGCAUCCUAUACACUGGACUCAAAAAGGCUGCUUUAAAAAUUGUUUUCUGGGAUGCCUGGGUGGCUCAGUCAGUUAGCGUCUGGCUCUUGGUUUUGGUUCAGGUCAUGAUCUCACAGUUGGUGAGUUCAAG